CUCAUCGUCGCCCAUAUCAUCAUCCACGUUCCAGAACACGAUAAGACUGUCUACCACCGAACCACAUCACGGCUGGAUCAGAUCAUGAAACCGCAUCUGCUAGACCGUGGGUUCGAUUUCGAGUAUCAUGUCAGCGAGACGGAUCGACGCCUCUGGAGGAUCAAUAGUCUGGUUCCGCCCCCGUAUAAGAGUGUGGAGGAGCAGGUCUGGGUGAAGGAGAACCAGGCAGUUCCAUAUGAAGGGGCCGUCUAG